GUGAGGUUCAGUUUUUUUCUUCAUCGCUUUUCGUUUGGAAUUGCACUUCCGGUUUUGGGUGGCUACUAUUUAAUCGUAGUUGAUUUUGAUUUCCUGGAAACACAUUCAACUACCACUUAUUCAUUCUUUUUAGUUGAUUUUGAUUUUCUGAAAACACAUUCAACUACUACUCAUUCUUUCUUUUUAGUUGAUUUUGAUUUCCUGAAAACACAUUUAACUACCACUUAUUUAUUCUUUUUAGUUGAUUUUGAUUUUCUGAAAACACAUUUAACUACCACUCAUUCUUUCUUUUUAGUUGAUUUUAAUUUUCUGGAAACACAUUCAACUACCACUCAUUCAUUCUUCUUAGGUGAGGUUCAGGUGAGGUUCAGUUUUUUUCUUCAUCGCUCUUCGUUUAGAAUUGCACUUCCGGCUUUGGGUAGCUGCUAUUUAAUUGUAGUUGAUUUUGAUUUCCUGGAAACACAUUCAACUACCACUCAUUCUUUCUUUUUAGUUGAUUUUGAUUUCCUAGAAACACAUUCAACUACCACUCAUUUUUUCUUUUUAGUUUCGGUUUUUUUCUUCGUCGCUUCUUCGUUUGGAAUUGCACUUCCGGCUUUGAGUGGCUGCUAUUUAAUCGUAGUUGAUUUUGAUUUCCUGGAAACACAUUCAACUACCACUCAUUCUUUCUUUUUAGUUUUGGGUGUUUUCUUCAUCGCUUCGUUUCGAAUUGUUGCUGGUGGUGAACUCGAUAGCUUUAUAACUUCCGGUAUUGCUUUGUAG